CACUGUUUUCUCCCAGCUAACGCCAACGAAGCCGUUAAUACAGUUAGAGCUAAAGAAGAAAACGUAGCGAGGCCCUCCAGGGCUAAAGGUUAAACACGCCUGACACGCCACUGUUAGGUGUCCUGCGUCUACGGCCGGUAUGAUUUGAAUAAAAGGAUUUGAAUAAAGGCAAUUGUCCAUUUAUCAUUACUCAGUUCAUUAUUGUACGUUGUGCAGCGAUGAGCAAGUCGACAGGCUGCUGCCGGGACUUUCUGCACUAUGUGUUUGACUAUGAAACGCCGAAAACUCUGGUUAUUCCCAGCAUACGUGUCGGAUUUGUCUUCAGGUUCACGCAGUUGUUGGUGGUGUUAUAUACGGUGGGGUAUGUGUGUGUGGUGCAGAAAGCCUACCAGGAGACCGACUCUGUCGUCAGUACCGUCACAACUAAAGUAAAGGGCUUUGCCUUCACCAACAUAUCUGACAUGGAGCCUCGUUUCUGGGACGUGGCAGAUUACAUUAUCCCCCCGCAGGGAGAUCACUCAUUCUUCGUGUUGACGAACCUGGUAAUGACCCCGGGGCAAACCCAGUCCCGCUGUGCUGAGCUCCCAAACCCUUCAACUACCUGUGUGGACGACUGCGACUGCGUCGAGGGAUAUGACGAUCCUCGAGGCAAUGGUAUACGGACGGGGCUGUGUGAAAAUUAUUCCUCCACUGUCAAGACCUGUGAGGUUCUCUCGUGGUGCCCCCUGGAAAUAGACGCGAACCUACCCAAGCGUCCGCUCCUGGCUGCAGCUGAGAACUUCACUGUGCUGAUCAAAAACAGCAUUACAUACCCAAAGUUCAACUUCCACAAACGAAACAUACUGCCUCACAUCAACUCCUCGUAUCUGAAGACGUGCGAGUACAGUCGUAAAACGGACCCCGACUGUCCCAUAUUCCGCCUCAGGCACAUCCUUGCGGAGGCUGGAGAGGACUUCCAGGACAUGGCCGUGAAGGGGGGUGUACUUGGUAUUCUUAUCGACUGGAGCUGUGACCUGGACUGGUGGCCGGGGAAGUGUCGUCCCAAAUACACCUUCCGCAGGCUGGACGACAAACACCCAGACAAUAAUGUGGCCCCGGGGUACAACUUCAGGUUUGCCAAGUACUACAAGACACCAGAGGGAGAAGAAACAAGAACAUUGAUCAAAGCGUAUGGGAUCCGUUUUGACGUCAUCGUAUUUGGAACUGCAGGGAAAUUUGGAAUUGUACCAACCAUAGUGAACCUGGGCGCAGCUUUGUCCUUUUUGAGUUUGGUUCCCAUGGUCGCAGACUGGUUCAUGUUGACCUGCAUGAAGAAGAGAGACCUUUACAGCAGACAGAAAGUAACAUAUCUGGUUGAGGAACCUCAAACCGAAUCAGCAUCAAUGAGCACCACAUAUGGAACCCAGUAGGAGACUGGAGUCAACCUGAGCAUACAUCGUCUGCAUAUAAUUUUAAUCUUGCUUUAAAAAUGUCACAGACUGUUUGAAUCCUGAAAUAAAGCUGUCCCCGUGUGUAAAUGGAA